GAGAACGCGCUCCGAGACGACAGUAAGCGGCCUCCUCAAACUCCAACGUUUGUUGAUUUCAUGUCUCAGGGCCGGACCCCGGGGCCACGGGGGGACCGCGGCAGAGGGAAGGGCCGAGGACAGAGGGCCAGCUACAGCAUGCAUGACAACCGCUGGGAGGGAGACAAAGAAGAAGAGGAGGAGAAAGAGAAGGAAGACAAGACGAAGAGAGAGCAGAGGGCUAAAAAGAACGAGAAGGAGGCAGAAAAAUCCAAAUCUCCUCCAACACAGAAGGUGGAGGUGAAGGACGGAGAAGGAGAAGACGACGAUGAAGAGUGGGAGGAUGCCAGUGGUGGAGAAGACGACGAAGGCAGCGACUCGAAACAGGACUCCAGAGGCGAUGAGAAGAAAGACGUCGGGAGAGAGAAACAAACCAAGAGCAAAGACAACUUCCCCACGCCUCGCUCACGACCAACAUCAGCAGGAAGCCCCAAAGAGCAGCGCCCCCCCAGGCCGAAGGUCCACAUCCCCCCACCAACAGUUCAGGAGUCCCCGGAGGGAGGAAAGCCCCUCAGCCCCUUCCUCCCUCUGGAGAGCCACCAGCCUGUUUCAGACUGGGGGGAGGAGAUGGAGAUGCUGUCGCCCCGGAGCAGCAUGGGAGGCGAGAGCCCCCUGAAACCCCCUAGCAUGGAGGCCAGCCCACCCCAGAAGAAGGAGCAGGAGAAGGAGUUGGAGGAGGAGCAGGAGGGACAGAUUGAACGUGCUGAGCCACAGCAGGAGGAGAACACAG